GUCACUCACCGCGAAAACCAUAAAUAUAUUGGAAAGAAUUCUAGAGGAGCCAUCCGAAGUCGAGCGAGCCCCAGCGUUCGAUCGAGUCCACAAGGAGGGCGGCGAUGGCGAUGAGGGAUCUCGUCACUGGCGGGGCGGCCUGCGCCGUCCCCGGCACCUCCUCACCCUCGAAUCCCUUCGGCGCCCUUGCAAACGCCAUCCUCGGGUCGUCCUCCAAGGCCCAGGAGUUAAAGGGACUUCCUGAAGCCUCAGUUAAUGUCCCUGGUUCCUCUCCUGACUUUAGGCCUGAAGCUCCUUUGACAACCUUUCCGGGGUCAGAAUAUGAGAACCAACAGCAUCAGCAACUGGACUCCCGGAAUUCUGAAUUCCUAUAUGGCUUCCGCUCCGCUAAUCAUGGUCUUGAAGAUGCUUGGGAUGAAAUUCAUCGACCUCCAAUUCUUCCCCAGGCUCGAGGAAGAGAAGGUGAAUCUCACUUUGCUGAGUUCGAGCAAAUUUACAACCAUAGUGGCAGUUCUGCCAUUCAACCCACUUGGGAUGGACCACCACAGAGAGUAUUGUCCAGUUUCUUGCAUUCCUUUGUGGACAGUGGUCGUGCAGGUAUUCCAUUCCGUCCAGCAGUGCUGCCAGUUCUUGGGUUGUCUGAAGGUGACAAACAAUGCAUACGUGAUCGUAGCUGCAUAAUGGCUAGGCAUAUUUUUGUGGAUAAAAGCGAAGAGUACAUCAGCGCACAGGUAAAUGCAUUGCUGCACUCUCUGGAUAUCGAUGGUGACCGUCAAAUUAGAGGUCCCAUGCAUGAUCCUUUUCCAGAGUUAGAAGAGCAUUGGAAUAAGUCUCAAAGUGCCUUGAAAUCUGGGAUGCCUAAUUCUGCAGAUAGAUGGGUUACUGAAUUUAAUCAACAAAGGGAGCAUGGUGACCCUGAGGCUUGGGCUUAUUCUUUUGAAGAACUACAUGGUGCUGAUGGUUGGGCAUCUGAAUUUGAGAAGGAACAAUCACAAAUGGCAUCAGUUGGUCAGAUAAGGGGUGGAAACAUGUCUAAUACUGCAGCUAUGGAGCAGAGCCGUAUGCUUGCACAUACUUUAGCACAAAAUACUGACCCAAAAUUUCAGAAUUCAAAGUUUCUCCAGUUUGUUUCAAAGAUGGGCCGAGGGGAGCUUAUAGUUGAUGAGAAUCAAAUCAAGCCAGCUACUGGAUCUAUUUCUGCUGAUUGGGCUGACGAAUAUCAAACACAGUAUAAUUUUCGUCCAAACUCUUGGGCUGAUCAGUUUGUACAUGAACAACUUUCACAAGGAAUGGAUAAGUGGGUGGAUGAGUUUGCUAAGGAACAUCAACAGCAGGGAGUUGAUGAUCAAUGGGUAGAUGAGUUCUCCAAAUUGCAUGUCCAAGACUGGGCAGAGGAGUUUGGACAGCAGGUCAGUGAAGGUGCUUUUGGGGACAGUUCUGCAGAUAAUUGGGCAGAUGCAUAUGAUAAGUAUCUUGAUGAACAAGUACUGGCAUCCAAGCAACGGUCCAAUACUUCAAGCCAGGUUUAUGUCUUUUCUGAUAUGAAUCCUUAUGUUGGUCAUCCCAAUCCUUUGAAGGAAGGGCAGGAGCUCUUUCGCCAGGGGCUUCUAAGUGAAGCAGUUCUCGCUUUAGAGGCUGAAGUUUUAAAGAAUCCUGACAAUGCUGAAGGGUGGAGGUUGCUGGGAAUAACACAUGCAGAAAAUGAUGAUGAUCAACAGGCUAUUGCAUCCAUGAUGCGUGCCCAGCAAGUAGAUCCAACAAACCUUGAAGUGCUUCUUGCUCUUGGUGUGAGUCAUACCAAUGAAUUAGAGCAAGCAGAGGCAUUGAAGUUUCUUUAUAAAUGGCUUCAAAAUCACCCAAAGUAUGGGGUUCUUACCCCCCCAGAGCAAGUUGAUUCUCUGCAUUAUGCCAGUGUAGCAAGGUUGUUCAAUGAAGCUUCUCAAAUGUCACCUGAGGAUGCUGACGUCCAUAUUGUACUUGGUGUGUUAUACAACCUGUCAAGGGAAUAUGACAAAGCUAUAGAAUCCUUUCAGGCAGCAUUAAAACUCAAACCACAUGAUUACUCUCUCUGGAACAAACUUGGUGCAACCCAAGCGAACAAUAUUCAAAGUGCAGAUGCAAUAUUGGCGUACCAACAGGCACUAGACUUGAAACCCAAUUAUGUUCGAGCAUGGGCAAAUAUGGGUAUCAGCUACGCCAAUCAGGGUCUGCAUGAAGAGUCUAUACGAUACUAUGUGAGAGCACUUUCCAUGAAUCCUAAAGCGGACAAUGCCUGGCAAUACCUGAGGAUUUCUCUCAGCUGUGCAUCUCGGAAUGACAUGUUUGAAGCUUGUGAUUCACGAAACCUUGAUGUUCUUCAGAAAGAAUUUCCACUGUGAUAUUUAAUGUACCAUAGACCAGAAGUCUUCAAUAUUUACACAUGGAAGGGAAGUCCUACAUAAUAAAGAGAGUAAAUGCAACCAAGAGUGUGCUGAUUUACACUCAGAUUUUUGUCUUGAAUGUUGAUUCUGAUAAAAUUUGCAUCAUCCGGUGAAACAAAAAAACAAUGUACAAUGAGAUUUGAGGUGGACUGCCAGUUCGGGUUCAGAAUUUUGGAGGCUAAGCUUCGAAGUGAAGACCUGGAGGACAGCAAUCAACCAGAAGAGUCAAAAUGGGACCUAGGCAUACAGAGAAUAACUUAGAGAACCGGACAACAACAUAUAGUGAGGCAGUGUAUAAAUCAGAAUACUAAAUAUUAUCAGAUCACAAACUCACAUUAUCAUCGUAUGAAGUUGGAGGGGCAAGAAAUGUCUUACAAAUGAUUAUGCAAAUCUAUGUUGCUGUUCAUAAUUAUUAUUUUGUUGAACAAUUCUUUUUUUAGUGCUGGUCCAGCCUCUUAGGUGGAUAACGGUUCAAAAAACUUUAUGUUACUAUGUGCUGAGCAUUUUCAUCAAAAGAAAGAGAGAGAGAAUGUGAUGAGCUUCCCUGAUGAGCUUCAGGGAUUUCUCCAUUAUAUCGCACAAGAAUUUUCUUCUA